AUGUCCAGCAUUAUCUUAAAUGGAUGUGCCAUCGUUCUCUCGGGCAAGUUUGAACAAGGGUCACAAUCGUAUCUCCAGUCGAUCAUCAAAACGCAUGGCGGAACGUUCAACUCAACCAUCACCAAAGGGACUACACAUCUUGUUGUGACUGAGAGUGACUACGAACGCAAGAGUGCCAAAGUGACCGCUGCACUCGCGAGAGGCGAUAUCGAAAUCCUCACCUGGGAUUGGAUUGAAGAAUGUAUCAAAGAGAAGAAACUAGUCGACCCGAAGAAGUAUCCGCCUGGUGGCAAGCUAGUAGAUAUGGACAUUGAAAUAACAAAGGAGCAGGAUAGUCAGAACGAUAAUGCAACGCAAAACGUUAACGAACAUGAAACUGACAAGAAAGUCCCUGUAACGAAGAAGCGACAAACUCGAAAGAAAACAAAAGAUGAUGAUCAACCUAAGAUCGAUUCGGCCGACGACAACCCAAUUACCAACACUGAUGCAAAUCGCGACGAGCAGAAGCCUCCAGCCAGAAGGAAACGACAGACAAGAAAAAAUUCAAUAAAAGAUAGCAGUCAGCCCGCGACUGACAGCAACAGUCCAACUGCAGACGUGAACAAAAAUGAGGAUGAACAGAAAGUUCCAGCAAAAAAGAAGCGACGAACAGGGAAGAACGCAGCGGCGAAAGUUGAUGAUAACCUUCCGACCACUACGGACAACGACGCCAGUUUGAAUAGCAACACGAACGACACUUCCAACAUCACUACUUCCGACGCUAGCACGAAAAAGACCAAGAAACGCAAGACAGCCGCCAGUGACCCGGUCGACGAGCCCAAGAUGGUCACGAUAAUCAAAAAAGGAAAAGCGCCCGUCGAUCCAAACUUCCAUUCUCAUGAAAGCUAUCAUGUCUACGCGGAUUCCCUUGGUCAUAUAUGGGAUUGCAUGCUCAAUCAAACCAAUGUGGGUGCGAAUAAUAACAAAUUCUUUGCUAUACAACUUCUUAAACAUGACAGCAGCGAAACUGGCUACGUGACUUUCACUCGCUGGGGACGUGUUGGAUACACUGGCCAAUCAAAUAUAUAUGGUCCUACAAAUGAGUGGGCUGCAAGAGCAGAAUUCGAGAAAAAGUUUAAAGCAAAGACGGGUAAUAAGUGGGCGGAUAUCCUUGUUGAUCCAGACAGUUUUGUAAGCUUUCAAGGAAAGUACACGUAUCUGCAAAGAGAUUAUGGUGAUGAUCCAGAAGGUUUAGAACAGGCCCGAGAAAAAAGAAAAAAGAAGAAAACACCAAAGAGCAAGUUACAUCCGCUUGUUCAGGAUGUAAUCAAGAUGAUGUUUGAUUCUAGGUUAUUGAAAGACACUUUAGUCUCUAUGAAUUAUGAUGCGCGAAGAUUACCACUUGGUAAACUCUCGAAGAGUACUAUCAACAGAGGUUACGAGAUCUUGCGAAGAAUCGAGAAAGUGAUUGACGGAGAAGUGCGCGGCAAUUUGGUUGACUUAUCCAAUGAAUUUUACACAGUUAUUCCUCAUAGUUUUGGAAUGAGCGUUCCGCCCGUCAUUAAUUCUGUAGAGAUGUUAAAGGGAAAAGUCGACAUGAUAGAAGCGCUUGGUGAAAUACAAAUAGCAACCUCCAUCAUCGAUGAAACUGAAGAGUCAAAUACCAUCAAACAUCCAAUUGAUGCCAAUUACGAACGUCUUAACCUUGCUAGGAUGGAUCCACUUGACCAUGAUAGCGAGGAAUUUAAAAUACUCGAAAAAUACGUGAGGAAUACUCAUGGAGAUACGCAUAGUUGGUUUGACUUGGAGAUUCUUGAAGUUUAUGAUAUAGAACGUCAAGGAGAGCGCGAAAAUUUUAAGAAGUUACACAAUCGCAUGCUUCUAUGGCACGGAUCAAGAAGGACAAAUUUUGCCGGUAUUCUGAGCCAGGGUCUUCGUAUUGCUCCUCCACACGUUCCGCACUCCGGCUACAUGUUUGGGAAAGGUGUCUAUUUUGCCGAUCGUGUAUCAAAGUCAGCAAAUUACUGUUGUGCAGCCGGAGGCGAUGUCGUUUUUAUGUUGUUGUGUGAAGUUGCACUUGGGGAUAUGUUAGAAUUGGUCACGAGUGACUAUGACGCGUGCAAUCGAGUGAAGAAUGAAGGAAAACACUGUACAAAAGGAUUGGGUAUGAUCGAGCCCGAUUUCGGCGAUGUCAUGUACUUGGAUGAUGUUGUCGUCCCUUGUGGAAAGACUGUGACAAAUGAAGGAAGAUAUUUACAGUAUAAUGAAUACAUCGUCUAUGAUACUAGUCAAGUACUGCAGAAGUAUUUGUUGAAAUUGAAGUUUGAUAAUAGAUACAGAUAA